CGUGUAAUACAACAAUCUGUCUUAUUCUUGGAUAGGCAUUUGUGACAAGCCUAAUACAAUGGAGAAUAGAUCUGUCACAAUUUCUGGAUUUCCUUCAGCACUGAAUGUAAUUAAGCUGAAACUGUUUAUUGAAAAACAGGUCGAGUCUGGUAUUGUUGAGAAUGUAACGAAAAAUAAUGACGGCUCUGCCACUUUUUUAUUCAAGGAUCCAAGAGAUUUACAACAGUUUUAUAGAUCAAACGUAAAUGAAUACAAAUUUGGAACUUUAACUUAUAUUCUACGUGUUGUAAACACUGGAAAAGGUGACCCUCAUGGAGCCACAGAGAAUUUACAUUCAAGUUCAACACCCCAUCAAGAACAAACAAAGAUUCCUCCUGCUAAGAAAGUUCCGAGAACUAACAUUCUUGAUUUAAUGACUCAGAAGAAUUUGUAUGAAAAUUCAUAUUAUUGGAGCAGUUUACCGGUUUUACCUGCUGAUGAAGGGUCAAGAUGUGUAUUGGCUCAAGGCAUUGAUACAUCAACGACCCAUAUUCAAAAAGUGACAAUGCAUUUUGAAUCAAAGAAACGAUCGAAUGGGGGACCUGUGUUUUGCAUCAUUAAAAUGAUCGAUGGACUUCUCAUUGUAUUUGAUGAUCUUAAAGAUUGUGAAUCUUGUCUUGCGAAGAGUGAUCAAAAAUUUGAUGUUGAGGAAUUCACGAUUUAUCCAAAAUUAAUCCCUUCAUAUUUCGAAAAGAUCUUUGUGUUGAAGGGUGUUGGAGACCAAACAACCAUGGAUACAUUAGUAAUGUAUUUGGAAAGCUGUUCUUCAAAUGAAACUGCACCGAGCAACUGUGUGAAAACUGAUCUACCUGGUGUUUACAGAAUUGAAUAUGGAAAUGAAUAUGAUGUAUCAGAAACUGAAACUCUUCUUCGAAAUAUAAAAACAAAAAGGUUGGAAGGAAAUUCACUGAAAGCCACACCUUUGCUGAGGACAGAUUGUUUAAAAGUAAUUGAAAUUUCGACUGACGCAACAAAUGACACAAUAAGGUUAAUAUUUGAAAGCAAAAAACGUACAGACGGUGGUCUCGUCACCAGAAUUGAUAGAUUGAAAGACAAUCAGGCUUUGGUAUAUUUUGCACUGCACACAGACGCUGAAAGAAUUUUUAAAAAAUUCAAAGUACCUUGUAAUCAGCCAAUUAUUAUCAAUAAUAAACCAGUUAAAGUUGAACUAUAUCAUCAUUGUCUUGCAAACGAUCAUCUGAAUAUAUUGGAUAAUUUCAAACCAACACCUAAAAAGAAACCAGAACCAGCGCCUCAACCUGGUGCCAGAUUGGGACCUUUCGAAUUGAAGCCAAAUUGUGAUGAAAAGAUCAUCAAGUUUAUAACUGGAAGUCAAAAGCAUGAUUCAAAAUUGAAGAAUGCUUUCAAAUAUCUGGCAACUGUCGAAUUCAGACCACAACAGCAAGAUCAGGAAAUGGUGUUUGUGUUUACAUCAAAUCAGAAACAGAGAAAAGAGGCACAAAACGAUUUUAAUGCAAAGUGUCAAAAAAAUUUUGAGGAUUUUCUGGUGGAUUAUACAUCUUCAUCUAAUACAUUCGAAAGAUCGAAACUUCAAAAAGCUCGUUCUUAUAAAUUAUUUCCUCAAAUUGAUGAGAAAUAUACUGGAAACGUUGACAAUGAUGAUUUAAUUGUUUGUUGGAAGCAGAACGAACCAAUUGUUGAAAUAACUGGAAUAAAGUCAUCAGUUGAUCUUAUGAUUGAACACAUAAAAAAUUGUGUGAAUUCAAGUAUGACUGAAAUGUCAGUCAAUAACGAUCAAUUUGGAGUUAUGGUGAACUGUGGAAUUGUCGAACAACUGAGAAUGAAUCACAAAAACGUGCAGAUAAAAUGUGACAUGAAACAACAAAAAAUUAUAUUGACAGGACCCGAGUCUGCACUUUCCGCUUUUCAGAUUGAUGCUUUGACUAGGUUAAAUACCAUUGAAAAGAAGCGAUUGAAUGGUUUGGAUGAAAGUGUUGUGAGAUAUUUAUCUGAGUCAAUGUCAGGAUCUGAAGUAAUAACUAAACAAAUUCAAAAUCAGUUGAGAAAUAAUAAUAUAAAAGCUAUGAUUAGCUUAGAUGGUGAAGAACCUUGUCUCAGAGUUGGAACAAUCAAUGACUUCAAACAAGGAAUCAAUCUGAUCAAGGAAUAUAUUGUUAUUGAAACGGUACGAACUGAUGAACCAAGAGCUAACGUUGUAAAAUCUCCUGCUUGGAAAGGAUUUCAUCAAAAUUUACGAAGCACUACAGCAUGUGGAAUUUAUAUCAAGUCAAAUGAAGCAAUCCUGAUGGUUGGAACGAGAUCUGAAGUCAAAAUGCUGAGAGUUGAAAUAAAUAAAUUUCUUGACAAAAAUGCAAUCAAACGACUAUUUAUGCAAUUGCCAUAUGGUAGUGCUCGUUUUAUCAUGGAAAGAUCUCCUCUGUUUACUCCUGAAGCUUGUGAAAAGAGAGAAAUAAAGUGUGGAUUGUCUCCUGAAGGAGGUGGUGGCGUUUUUGCAAAUGGAAAAAUGAGAGCAUUGGAUGAUGUUCAUGCUGAUUUUAAAACUUUACGCACCACGAUUCUUGAAAUGACGCAUAUUUUGAACGAACCCGGAAUUAAAGACUAUUAUCAGGGAGAAGAAGGUAGAAAAUUUCUUGAACAAACAGGACGAGUCAAUAAUUGUAUUAUUCUCACCAUGUCAAGAGAAUGUGCAGAAUGGAUCGAAUAUAAUAAGAAGAAUUUGUUUUUGAGACCAAAUGCUUCAAAUUCAUCACCUGUAGAUUUUGAAGAACAAAAACUUAUCUCAGUAACUUUGGCAAAAUCUUUAAAUGUCAAACUGAGAGUAUGGAAGACAAAUAUUAUCAAACAUAAGUGUGAUGUUAUAGUUAAUGCUUCAAAUCCUGAACUCGCACUCCUUCCUGGAGGUGUUUCUGGAGUCAUCAAGAAACUCGAUAAAGAUAAUGGGAAUUCAAUUCAGAAAGAAAUGAACAAACUCAUUGAAAGGAAUCAUGGAAAUUUCUUGGCAGGAAAUGCAGAAAUUACAUCCGCUGGUAAUCUACCUGCUUGCAAGAAGAUCGUUCAUGCUAUUGGUCCAAGAUGGAAUUCUAUUUCCGAUAGAGCAGAUCCCAAACUUCUUUUGAAAGCCUGUGUGUUACGAAGUCUGAAAUGUGUUGGAACUGCUGGAUUAAAAUCAGUAGCAAUACCUGCUAUAAGUUGUGGCGUCUUUGGUGGAGAAAUUAGUGUCUGCAUACCACUUAUUUUGGAUGCUGUUGUUGAUUAUUUCAAUGAAACUCCAAAUUCAAGUGUUAAACAGAUAGAUUUUGUUGAACUCAGCAAUCAAGCAGUACUUGACGCCUUUGUAGAAUCUGUUAAGAAACACCAAGCUGAGGGAAAGCCUUCAAAAUCUUCAAGUGUUUUUUCAUCUCAACAGAGUAACCAAGCAUCCAACUCUACACUGCAAACUCCUUGCUGCACUAUUAGCGUUGUUGUAGGAGAUAUAUCAUCACAGCAGGUCGAUGUUAUUGUUAAUGUAACAGAUACACAACAUGUGAAUAAUAUUGCGAACGCUGGAGCUGUGUCAAAAUUACUUGGUCAAAAAGCUGGAGCAAGAGUAAUACAACAAUGUGCGAAUCUACAGCAGCCAUUUAAUGCUGGAGAUGUUUUAGAAACUGAUGGUGGAUCACUACAGUGUAGAAAAUUAUAUCAUGCACUUGUGACAAAUUAUAAUCAGAAUUCGCAAGGAAUUAUACAAUCAGUUGUAUCGGAUAGUUUACAAAAAGCUGAGCAGUCUGGAUUCCAGUCCAUUGCAUUUCCGGCUAUUGCUACGGGAGGAUACAGACAUCCCCCAAAUCUUAUUGCCCAAUGGAUGAGACAGGAAAUAUCUAAUUUCCGAGGGAAUAAUUUAAAGCAAAUUUUCAUUGUGCUUUAUUCUGGAAAUCCAGCUGUUAUAUCGGCUUUCAAUGCUGAGUUCAACACAGGAUUAAGUUCCAGUGGAAAUCCAUCUUUCACUCCUACUGCUUCUGAAGAAUCAAAAAAUGAUGGAAUCACUUUCAGGAAAAUUGAUGAUAAAACAACACGAUAUGGGUAUUUGAAAGUAUCAGUGAUUAAAGGCGACAUCACUCAACAAGAUACUGAUGUAAUAGUUAACAGCACAAAUCAACAAUUUGAUCUGUCCCAGGGUAUGGUGUCAACCCAAAUUAUGCGCAAAGGUGGUAACUUAAUUCAAAAUGAGGCGUGGGGUCAAUCUGGAGGGGAUUAUGUUGUAACUUCCGGAGGAAAGCUUCCCUGUAAGAAGAUUAUCCACUUGGUGACGCCAAACAACCCGAAAGAUCUUCAGAAAAAAAUAUUGGAAGCUUUAAUCGAAGUCAAAAAUUUAGGAUUGUCGUCAGUUUCCCUUCCUGCCUUUGGAACAGGAAAUCUUCAUAUGGAUUGUUCAACUGUAGGAUCGAUCAUGCGAGCCUCAAUCGAGUUGUUUGUGAAAUCGUAUCCAAAUUCCAACUAUCCAUCGUCCGUGAAAGUUGUAAUCUUUGACAAAAAACUGUUGAAAGAUUUCAAAGAUACAAUUUUAAGUGAAACUGCGAAAAAGGGACUUUGGUCAAAACUUCUUGACUUUGGGAAAAGUUUGUUCUCUUAUGGUGGUAGUGGACCUGCAGAAGAAGUCAUUGCAUACAAAGAUAAUUCUCUUCCUUUAUUUCUUUACUCAACAAACAGAGAAGAUAUACAAGAGGCUAUCAAAUCUAUCGAUAAUGAGAUUCGAAAGAUAACUUACAAACAAGUUAUUACUGAUGAUGUUAUUGGUAGAUUAGGUAAAUGGGAAUGGUUUGAAAUCUCUGCGAUCGCAAGAAAUGGAAAGAUUGAAAUCUCGGAUGAUUCAGACAAGUAUAUAAAAAGAUUGAGAUUGGAUGGUCUCACAAAAGAUGUAGUCAAUGCUCAUGAAGCAAUAAAGGAUAUUUUGAAAGAAUUUGCAGCUGCGGAAACAUGUGCUGCUUUUGUCUUUUGGCAACGAAAAGAUCAAGCUGGUGCAUGGAAAGAUUUUCCGAUACGUGCUGGGCAUAAACUUGAAAUGGCAUACAAGAAGCGCAAUGGAGACAGCACUAAUCCAACUUUGAACAAAGUCCAAGUAUCUGAAUUUGAUGGAGCCAAAGUGAUCCAAAACACUAUCGACCUCUCUAAACUUGAUAAUGACCCACAUGGUAGCAAUCCUCCAGAUAUUCGACGCAGAAUAAAAGAAAAAAGUGUCAGUGAUAUUCCUACACUUUGGGAUGACAUGUCUGGAAAACAAAGUUUGGAAGUAGUUUUAACACCAGGCUCUCAAGAAUAUCAAAAUGUAUUGGCAAAGUUCAUAAGCGCUGGGCAAUUUCAUCAAACUAUUGUUUCUAUUGAAAGAAUACAGAAUCUGUCCCUGUACAAACAAUAUGUUGCAAAGAAGGCAGAAGUUACGGAAAAACAUGGAACAAAUCUUGCAAAACCAAUUGAACAACAAUUGUUUCAUGGCACUUCAACUGAUGAGCAAAUUAUGCUUCAUGGUUUUGAUAGAAGUUAUGCCGGAAGAAAUGCAACAAAGUAUGGGCGAGGUGUUUAUUUUGCAACGACUGCUAAUUUUUCCCAUGGUUAUGCAGCACCAAAUACAUCUGGACAUCGAAGAAUGUUUAUCGCAGAUGUUAUAACUGGAGAUUUUUGCCAGGGAAAUCAGAAUAUUCUCGCACCUCCACAGAGACAAAGCAACAUAAAGAAUGAUCUGUAUGAUAGUGUUGUUGAUAAUGUGAUGAAUCCUAGCAUAUUUGUGAUUUUUAAGGAUGCCAGUGCUUACCCUACUUAUCGCAUUACCUAUGCAUGAACAGCUUUUUUUUUACCUUGGACUGUCUGCCUAUAUAGCAUAUACUUAUAUAAUGUUAUGAAAGCAAAAAUUGUGCUAAUUGAAUUUCUUUUUAAAAAACAAUCGUAGGACUUUUUAACUUUAACAACAGAAAGGAAUUCCAACAAGAAUCACACUAUCAUUUUAAACUGUAUGUAGAGGUUUUGUUUGUACUGUUUAAAAUUGGUCAUUCCAGCAAAUUACUCUUGAUGAAUCACCCUGUAAAUCUUCAUUUUUAAAUAAUUUUAUGCUUGCAACUAUUAUUAUUUGUAAUGCCUUUAUAUCAAAUAAUGUCAGUAAAGUGAUUUUAAUUACUUUUAUCUUAAUCGACAUUCUCUUUUGAUUGCCUGUAAUUCUAUCCGCUAUUCGUAUGUUGUUCGCUGUUCUAUUGUUGUAAUUUUAUAAAAAUAUAUUUCAAAUCACUUGAAUGUUAGUAUUUCUGGUGCAUUACCAAGCUCAUUCCGAUAUAGAUUCUAAUUAUAAUAUUCUAUGUAUGAAUUACCAUUAUACUCCUUUACUUCCAAUAACUGUCUAAUAUUUAAUUUAGACAAAACAACUACUGUAUAAGCAACUGUAAUCUAUGGCCACAAAGUACCAAACUGAAAACUUCAAAACAUGCCAAAUUAAUGCCAAUUUAUGACCCAAUUCUGAUGAUGGCUUAUAUUUGAAAAAGAAAAGCGAUUUUGUCCCAACAGAACUAACAUCACUCUUAUAAUUCAUUGAACCUUCAAACCAUUGUAUCUCCACUGCUGAGCAAGUUUUGUUCCUUUUUUGCUAUUUUAGGUUUGUUUUCUUUUUUACAAAUUAUCUGUUAUCCACUGAUUUUAAAUGAUCAAACGAAAGUCUUCAAUUACUGUAUUACCGUUUGAAAUUUGCUCAUCGUAUGUGCUUCAAUUAUAAUCGUUCCUAAUUGCAAUUGCUCUUUAUUCAUCAAUGCAUUCAAUAUAUACACAUAGCAGUAGAAUCAA